GGAGCUGGGGAGGAGGACUGAGGAAUUAGAUUUGGGGUGUGAGAGAGUAAGCGGGAAACUGUCGCUCCUUCGUAGGACAGCAGUAAUGUUAUUAGUUCCUUUUUGGUUGAUAACAGCCUGUAUGCCUCUGCCCAGACAGACAGACACCAGAGCAUUCCCUCCUCAUACAGUUUGGUAAGAAAGGACACUUUGUUUACAGCGCAGACAACAUUACUGAACACACGCACGCACGCAAAACCACACUCACUCAUCUUGGUGAAAGAGACUGGAUAAGAGAAGCAUAACUGUAUAAACAUGGUCUAGGGUUCAUGGACUCCAGUCUGAAGACUGGAAUGUGUGCUCUAUUCCUCUCUAGAAAAACCACACAAACACACACAUACCAAGUCCCUGUGGUGGGACUCCUGUGAGUUACUAAAAGGUUUGUGCGUCUCUUGCAGAGAGGUGAGAGAGCAGAUAUGAGCAGAUUGAAAGAGACCGGGUAAGUUACUCUAACUCAUUUUGACGAUGAGGACCAAUGCAAUGCUCUCCCUCUCUACCUCUGGGACGGUGAUCAAUCACAGGAGAAAAAAACAUCUGGUAGUGACGGUAUUAUGGCAGCUAACAGUACAGCUCUUGGAAAACAGCCGCAGGUGUGGAUAGAAUAUAGAUCCUACAGAAUCGAAUAUAUUAUUAUCUCCCAAACCGUGGUUAAGAUAAAUACAGGAUUUUCAACUCCAUAACUGUAAAUCAGGACAAAUCCAGGUAAGCCUAACCUUUCAGCUGUUUUUUUAGUUGGAUGGAGGAAUUCCUGUAAAAUGACUGAAGGCUAUAAUCUGGGAGGUCUUGCCCUGACUCCUGUCCCAUGGUGACAAGAUGCACCUCAGUCACAGUCGUAACAGGGCACAAUGUUCCACGGUCAUAAAAUAUGUUCUUCCCCUCACUUUAUUGAACAAUAAAUACGUUUUAAGCAGCUAUCCCGCUGGCAUACACUAAAUUCUAUCCACUGGAUUGUUAUUUCUCUCUGAAGAAGGGAGGGGUCAAGUGGAGGCAGUAAUCGCUGUAACGGAUGACAGUGCUCAAGGAUUUAAAGUUGUUAGACUGCGGUCUGCGCAUGGAGCCAGUAGGGUAACAGGACCAGAAAAGGAUAGAAGUCUGUACCAUCAAAUUGGAGCAAUGACCAAGGACAUUUUGAUUCAUUUUCUAUAACUUUUUGGGCUAUUUUACCUGUUUUUUUGUCUCACUGAGAUGUAACAUCUAUUUAAACUUUAGACCUAGCAGAGCACACAUGCCAACAACUACCAGACAAGGAUCAACAUCAAAACAUCAUGUGGACACGGGAAGAGAAUUGAUGCGCGUUUGGACAAGAUGACCAUGACAUAAAAUUGGAAUAAUUCUGUUUUUUUCUGUAACCAUUACUGCCCUUCUAUAUAAGUUGGGGAAGUCGUUUUCAAACGUUUUAUUCUCAACUGGGAGAGUAGGCUUACCAAAGCAAACUGUUACUCAAGGUAUCUUAAGAGAAGCAUUUUUCCAUCUUGCAGAUUUCAUGUUUCAGAGCAGCCAAUGAGAGAUCGGGAUUGAUUAUGACGAAGACCUUGUUCAUCUGUUUCCCGCUGGUUCUCCUGGCGGGAAAUCUCCUCGUGGUUACCGGACAAGCAAACGAGCCCAACCAACCAGAAGUCCUGCCGUCCGCCACACAGAAACCAGUAGUCUCUGGUAGAGAGAGCCUGGCGAGGUUCAACGCCAAUGUCUCCGCUCCUCGGCACAUGCGGCCUUUACCGCCGAUGUGCUCGGGGCCUACCGAGAUCAGAGACACAUUUAAGUACAUCAACACUGUGGUAUCGUGUCUCGUGUUCAUAGUCGGUAUUAUCGGGAACUUCACGCUCCUAAGAAUCAUCUACAAGAACAAAGGCAUGCGCAAUGGCCCCAAUAUUCUCAUCGCCAGCCUGGCGCUGGGAGACCUGCUGCACAUUGUGAUCGAUAUUCCCAUCAAUGUGUACAAGCUCCUAGCCGAGGAUUGGCCGUUUGGUGUAGGUCUGUGUAAACUAGUGCCGUUUGUCCAGAAAGCUUCAGUGGGCAUUACUGUGCUGAGCUUGUGUGCUCUGAGCAUCGACAGGUACCGCGCGGUAGCCUCGUGGAACCGUAUUAAGGGGAUCGGUGUCCCCAAGUGGACGGCUAUAGAGAUCGCACUCAUCUGGCUGCUGUCCAUACUGCUGGCGGUCCCCGAGGCGAUAGCCUUCGACAUGCUCGCCAUGGACUACAAGGGAGAGCACCUCCGCAUCUGUCUGCUACACCCCAUGCAGAAAUCAGGCUUUAUGAGCUUCUAUAAGUCGGCUAAGGACUGGUGGCUGUUCAGUGUGUAUUUCUGCCUGCCUCUGGCCGUUACCGCCGUCUUCUACACCCUGAUGACUUGUGAGAUGCUGAGGAAGAAGAACGGAGUCCAGAUCACCCUGAGUGACCAUCUCAAACAGAGGCGUGAGGUGGCCAAGACCGUGUUCUGCCUGGUACUGGUGUUUGCUCUAUGCUGGCUGCCCCUCCAUCUCAGCCGCAUCCUCAAGCUCACCAUCUAUGACGAGAAGGACCCUAACCGCUGCGAACUGCUCAGUUUCUUCCUGGUUCUAGACUACAUAGGGAUCAACAUGGCGUCUCUUAACUCCUGCAUCAACCCCAUCGCUCUCUACAUGGUCAGCAAGCGUUUCAAGAGCUGCUUCAGGUCAUGCCUGUGUUGCUGGUGUCUGCCAGCGGAGAUGUUGAUUGAUGAGAAGCAGUCCUGUAUGAAGCUCAAAAUCACAGACCGGGCCUCCGACCAGAGCAACUCACGUGCUACUAACAAGUACACUUCAGCAUGAGAGGGGCCCUGCGCACUCAAUCAAGUAUCACAUGAUGUGCUCUAAAGGACUAAUUGAAGAUCAGUCAUGUAACCUGAUCCUGACUGAAACCAUUAUGAGACGGCCAUAAGAUGUGUCCUAAGAAGUGCCCUUACUCAGUUGAUGUAGUUUUAAACCACCUAGAGAAAAUAAGUGCCCUAAAGGACUGAUUCGGCAAAGUCUCCUCUGACUGGAGGAAGAAGUACUCAAAUGUACUUAAACCCACAAGUGUUGCGGACAGGGUCCCUCAAAGUUUUGGUUCAGAAUAAACUGUCAAAUCGCCGGAAAUUCAGCUAGAAAUUAGUUUAAUUUAUGAAAAUCUGUUAAUUUAGGAAAUCUGUUCCCAAGUAUUCCCACAAAUAAAUUUAAAAAAGAGACGUGAUCGUGUCUAAAUGUAAUUCAAGAAAUGAAAUUACAGGGUUUUUUUUCUCUCUUAAGGGCUUAGUUGUGGUCAGUUUGCAGUGUACAAAUUAUGUUCCAGCCCCCCUACCAUCCGCUACGACAAAAAUCAUCCCGCGGCUGAAUCUAGUUGUCUACCCCUAGGUCUAGAAUGUUUAGCUGGGAGAGUGUUGAUGGAGAAGAGGAUACUUUGGGGAAAGAUGAGUGGAGGGAUAGAGGUUCAAUGCAUACAAUCAGAUAUGAGUAUUAUUGAUGAUGAAUGACAAAACAUAGGGUUGUCAUAUUGUGGAGAAAUGACACUGCCGGGUGUGACUCCCCCUGGUUAUAACCUCUAUAGGAAUGUCCAUAAGGUACACGACAUAAGGCAAACCCAAAGGGGCUGUGGCAGAGGCGUCAUAGUGAAAAUGCCUGAGGUUGAGACAUAGGGAACGUUAUAUGAACAUUGAAAGAAGGUUGAAAUAUUGUACUGUAUAAUAUAUGUGUGGCUUUUUUAACAUAUCCCGUAUACUACUCUGAAUUCAAGGACUUAAGAAUGAAUUCAUUUUCACGCCUUCGCUAAAUUGCUUUUACACUGUUUGAUAUUGCUAUUUGAUAUUGCUAGGAUUUGACUUGGAUAGUUUGCUAUGGCAUCUUUGAUUGUUUGACUUCAUGUUCUGUAUUGCUACUAGGAUUGGUCUGUUUCUCAUUAAACUGCUGAUCUGAUUGGGUCUGUCUUCGUGUGAGGCAAUCAUAAAUGGCAGCACUUGCCAAACAUUUUCGCAAUAGGUUUAUGGCAAAAACAGUUCAGAGUUUGUCUCAUGUAUGAUUAUGUUAGUAUUCUGUAGCUUUGUGGACUGCCACCCAAUUGUAAAAACAAGCCAGAGAUGGUUAUUGGGGACUUGGAUGAGAGGGAGGAGAUGAUACAUUUGAAGUCAUUUUUCUCUUCAUAUGCCUUUGCAGUUCUGUGUUUUUCUGUCUUAUAUAGUAAGGAAUCUGAUGCUGUGAUUGAAUGUGGAGCACUGUAUUGAUGCUGUUGUACACUGAGUGUACAAAACAUUAGGAACACCUGUUCUUUCCAUGACAUAGACUGACCAGGCGAGUCCAGGUGAAAGCUAUGAUCCCUUAUUGAUGAAUCCACUUCAAAUCAGUGUAGAUGAAGGGAGGAGACAGGUUAAAGAAGGAAUUUUAAGCCUUGAGACAAUUGAGACAUGGAUUGUGUAUUUGUGCCAUUCAGAGGGUGAAUGGGCAAGACAACAGUUUUGUAUGUGUAUCAAGAAUGGUCCACCACCCAAAAGACAUCCAGCCAACUUGACACUGUGGGAAGCAUUGGAGUCAACAAGGGCCGGCAUCCCUGUGGAACGCUUUCGACACCUUGUAGAGUCAAUUCCCUGACGAAUUGAGGCUGUUCUGAGAGGAAAAGGGGUUGCAACUCAAUAUUGGGAAGGUGUUCCUAAUGUUUUGUACACAGUGUAUAUAGUGUAGAUAGAAGUCCUGUGGUUGUGAUGAUGUGUCUGCCUCUUUCCUACCCUUUGCUUACCUCUAUCUUUUUAAUUUGUCCCCAAAAAAUAUUAGGAAGGAGAAAGACACUAGAAGUAGACAUCCUAGACAUCAACCUAUCACUACAGUUGACUCCAGAUGCAAAACUGCAUUCAACCAAAUCCUGAGCCAGUACAAAUCAUAUACAGUACUUGAAUUAGGACUGGUGACCACAGCGUGCGCUCAUCAGGAGUUGACUGUACUUCAUUGAAGUCAAUGAGUCAAAUCUCCCUAAAGACAAACUACUGUAACGUAAACUUGAACCUCACCACCCCAAACCCUUCGGGGGAAUUUUUUUUAAAUUAUUGUUUACUCCACAACCCUUUUCUUCAAAGCUGUUUCGCUGCCCUCUCUCAGUACAGAGUGUGACCAAAGGCACCCAUCAUGUGAGACAGAGCGCUUCUUUGACCUGGGAAUGUCCCUUCGGGCUAAUGCAGUGUAACGCAUGUCACAUUACCCAUGAAAGAUACUCACUGUCCCUUCACCCCUAUCUUUCUCUCGCUCUAUUCCUCCCUAUCUGCUGUCAUUAUUAACAACGGUGCCAGUGAUGAGUUCUGAUGUUUGGAAAACAGUGUGCUUUCACAGCUCCUUGUCGAAUCAGUGCCCAGCAAUGAACCCUACAUUGAUGGCAGCAUUAGAAGAUCAACAGACUAGCCUUAUGUGUGUGUGUGUGUGUGUGUGUGUGUGUGUGUGUGUGUGUGUGUGUGUGUGUGUGUGUGUGUGUGUGUGUGUGUGUGUGUGUGUGUGUGUGUGUGUGUGUGUGUGUGUGUGUGUGUGUGUGUGUGUGAGGGGUCACACUGUGGGAUAGGAUAAUGGGUGGGGAAAGAACACAUACGUGGCUCUGUUAGAUGAAUACAUGUUCAUCUUGACUCUGUAGCUCACAGUAGAGAGAGUUUGAACCAAACGUCCCGAGUAUCAUCCAAGCCCAUCUCAGCCCUUCUGUUUGUCAUUACCCACACAGCUGCACUCUGCCCCUGUAAUGCUCUUCAGUUUACUCUCCUGUUGAUAAAGAAAAGAGAGAUCUUACGUGUCUCUCCCUUAGCCUCAAUUGCCACACUCUGAUCUGUCCGCGUCUCUGUCGUUCUCUCUCGCUCUCUCUCUCUUCACACAAGACAUCCACACUGUGAUGUCUCACACCGUCAGACUAUUGAGCCCAUAUCAUCAAUUUAUCAUGUGACACUGAGUUUUUUUUAGAUGAUUAAAGCCAGGUUUAUAUGAAUCUAUAGUACGAUCAGGACACAGGUAUGCACGUGCACAGACACACAUUGUGCUAAGAGUGCGAAGGGGAGAGUGUGUCUUAUGUGGAUACAUACGGUAAAUCCAGGAAAAACGACCCUGGCUGAGUUCUAAAGAACUAGUAGAGGGUCAAGUCAAGUGUUCAUGCCAACAGAGGGGAUUGAUCCGUUUGGUUUAAUGAUUUAUUGAAAAAUUCCUUCUGGGUUUUCUCCCUGUAUUCUCCGUUAUAAGGGUAAUGGUCAGACCCCUCUGACAGUUUCUGUCUUUCUGUGUCCAAAAGCCUGUCAUCUCCAUUUACACCUUUUUAUUGGAGGUGCGAGGUAGCCUAGCGGUUAAGAGCGGUGGGGCAGUAACCGAAAGGUUGCUGGUUUGAAUCCCAGAGCCGACUAGGUGACAAAUCGGUCUGUGUGCCAUUGAGCAAGGCACUUAACCUUAAUUGCUCCUGUAAGUUGAUCUGGAUAAAAUGACUCAAAUGUAAUUGUCAAAGGAUAUGAUAUCAAAUUUUGCCAUAAAAUAUAACACAAUUUGCAAAUAUCCCAAAUUUGAUAUUAUAUCUAUGUAAUGACUGAAAUAAAGAUAUCUUCACUAAC